AUGAAACCUUUGGCGCUUGGUCCAUCGCUAGAUUCCUCCUCAUCGUACUACCCGAACGUGAUCGGUAGCUCCUUCAGUUUCCGGGGAGAUGGAGGUGUCUUGGAAUCCUUCGGGAGACUUUUCCGACCAGACGACAAUUUCACAGACGUUACGUUGGAAAACUGGGACCUCAGCAACGCUGGAAGACUUGAUCUACCGCAGUCGGUUCAAAAUUUGCAUCUGAUCAGGUGCAACUUGCAUGUCAUCCCAGAAGAAGUGCGAGCACUGGAGAACGUGCAAGAACUAAACUUGGCCGAAAAUCAAUUGAGAUCGUUCGAAGGAAUACUGAGUGCCUCAAGGGACAUACGAAAGCUCAACGCUUCGCACAAUCGUCUCGAAUUUUACGAUGUGUCGCUCCCCCGACUGACAUCGCUUGAUUUAUCAUCGAACGCCCUUGUCGGUUUUCCUGACGCCAUCUUUGUCUCGUCUCAGUUGGACACCGUUACGAUUUCAGCGAACGAGUUUGAGAUUGCUGCUGUGUCGGCAGCACAGUACGACUUUUUUGCUGGUUUGUCGGAUUUCCAAGCCACCUUUGCGAAUGUAUUGUCAUGCACUACCGGGUCGUUGCUUUAUCUGCAAGGAAAUGGAGUGUGUCAAUUGGACUUAGCGGCGGGAAAAGACGUAGACAGUGUCUCACUGGAUCGCGGUUUUGACAAUGUGGAGGAACCCAUGAUGCCAGCAACAGUACACGUGGCGGUGCCAACCCUUAGCGACACAACAAAAAAGUAUAUCGUCGCAGCAAUCGUCGUCUUCGUGGUGGCUGGUAUCGUUGGAGGCGUCAUUGCUCUUAUUUCACUUGGUGUGGUCGGUGGCAUUGCUCGAGCUGUCUACGAAUACAUCGGACGGUGGCUAAAAAAGCGGCACCGCAACGGUAUCCACGAGAAGACGCCUCUGUUUUUCGACCAGGCAGCUCGCGCUGGCUAUCAGAGAGAGAUGGAGGCAGUUGAUAAGCUGUUUCCAUCCAACGAUCCUGUGCUUGUGACGUGGCGCAUCGACUUUGAUAGCGUGACACUUAUACGAAAGAUUGCCCAGGGUGCGUUUGGUGAAGUAUGGAUGGGUCAAUACCGUCACGAGCGAGUAGCUGUCAAGCAACUGAUUCAAGAAAAAGUGUCCUUAGCGACUAGUGAAGCUUUCUUGCGCGAAAUUAAGCUGAUGGCGUGGCUUGAGCACCCUAAAAUUGUUUUGUUUGUGGGUGUUGCUUGGACGAGGUUGGUUGACAUGCUUGCCGUUAUCGAGUAUAUGGAUGGCGGAGACUUACGCACUCUGUUGGAAAAGAACGCCUCGAAAUGCCUACCGUGGGAAGAAGGUUCAAAAUUGCGCUACGCCCGCGACACAAUAGACGCAAUCGUGUACCUCCACUCAUUGAACCCUGUCAUCAUUCACCGUGACCUAAAGUCCCGGAAUAUUUUGUUGGACUCUAACAAGGGUGCAAAGCUAGGGGACUUUGGCGAGUCGGCGACAAAGCGAUCGAAAGACAUGACUGCUGGCGUAGGCACGACCAGAUGGCUUGCUCCUGAAAUUGUUCGUGGAGACAGAGAGUAUACAGAAGCUGUCGAUAUAUACUCGUUUGGAGUGAUCCUCUCCGAAUUGGACACACACGAGCUACCUUUCUCGAGCGCCAAGAGUCGCGGCACAGGCGCUCCACUUAACGACAUGACCAUCCUUCAGGGCAUCUCGUCUGGCAAGUUGCAAGUCUCAUUAUCUUCUUCGUGCCCUCAGAACUUGCAGGAGCUUUCAAGAAAGUGCAUGAGUUUGGAUCCUGCUGUGCGCCCGACUGCAGCCCAGGUUGCCUACACAAUACGAAGUCCAGACCUUCUGCUCUAG